AUGGGAGAUGAAGGUCCCCUGCAAACAGAGGGGAAUGCUCUCCUCAAAGCUGUCUUCCAGGGAAAGCUGCGCCUCGCCCGUCUGCUGUUAGAGGGUGGUGCCUACAUCAAUGAGGGCAACGAGCGUGGGGAGACACCGAUCUCUGCCGCCUGCUUAGCAAGCUAUGAUGACCCACAGACCCGACAGAGGAUGGUCCGAUACCUGCUGGAGAAAGGAGCUGACCCAAACAUUCCAGACAAAUCCGGACGCACAGCACUGAUGCAUGCCUGUGCCAAGCAGGCAGGGAAAGAGUUGGUGUCACUCUUACUAGAAAACAAAGCUGAUCCGAGCCUCAAAGAUUACUCAGGUGCUUCUGCCCUCAUCCACGCCAUCAACACAGGAGACCGUGAGACUCUGCAGGUGCUCCUGGAUGCCUGCAAGGCCAGAGGUAAAGAGGUGAUCAUCAUCACCACUGACACAUCUCCAUUAGGCACCAAGAAGACCAAACAGUACCUGAACUCACCACCCUCCCCAGGAAUUGUGGAUAAACUUUCUCCUGCUUGCAUGUCACCUUCAGAAGUGGAGAUCGGAACCUCCUCUCCUGUAGUAACUAGGACUAAAGACCAGGAAGGGAUCUUCAACUUUGCACUCACAUCAACAUUACCUUUAUCUUCUGCUAGACCUCCGGUUGAGAAGAGGCCACUUCCACGGAAGCUGCUAAAGAGGUUGAAUUCAGAGCCCUGGGGCCUGGUGGCACCCUCAGUUCUGAGUGGAGUUCCUCAAGAUCAGUUGGACCAAGAUCUGGAGGAAGAAGUCAGCAAUGACCUGAGACGGGUGUCCACUGAAAUAAAUGGUCUGUCUAUCUCUGAACCAGUCAGACCUCUGUUGUUACGGAGACAUAGCAUUGAGACCCAUGACCCCUGUUCUCCCAAACCAAUCGACCGGUCCUGCUGUGAGGACUGUACAGGCUUGUCAGCUCCGUCCUGGGCUGACAAAGUUCAGCAGCACCAGAUCCUAUACCGGAGAAACACAGUUCCAGAGACACAGGAUAAUGCUGGGGUGUCUGGGGCAGUAGGGAUCCGAGUUCUGACUCACCCCAAACUCUUCCAGAUGGAGCACUAUGAGUCAGACACUCACCUCUCUCCAGAGUCCAUCCCUGGAUCUCCAGACUUGGGGCAAAUGUCUGUGGAGCGCAAAAGGUACAAUGCCUCCCCAUUGUCCUUGGUUACAAGCACCUCCAGGGAGUCUCUGGAAAACAUCCCCAACUCUGUUUCCCCCAUGACUAUGCGCCGACGUCCCCCAGGUCUUCUGGAGCGUCGUGGCUCCGGGACCCUGCUGCUGGACCACAUCUCCCACACCAGACCCGGCUUCUUGCCACCACUUAACAUCAAUCCACAAAGACCCAUCCCUGAUAUCCGAGCCAAUGGCAAGUCCACCUCCCCAGUUCACUCAGGACACAAGAUUCUGGUUCCUGUAGCCCCAACCUCACCCAAACGGGGUCCUGAGUUCAAGAUAAAGAAGAAGCUGAUGAGAAGACACUCAAUGCAGACAGAGCAGAUGAAGCAGCUCUCUGCUUUCCAGGAGAUCCUGGCCAAGAAGGUCUCUGAGUCCAAUGGGGACUGA